AAGAAGGGGACCUCCCACGUGUUGCAUGUUGUCUAUGCCACAGGUUGCCUACCUGUCUCGCAUUACUCUGCACUAACCUCCACAUGCCAGCGCUCUUUUCUCUACAAAGAGAAAAGAGAAUGUGGCUCAAAUCCCUCGUUACGGAAUCGUUCUCGGAUUGACUCCGCCCUCAAAAGUGUCGCGACUGACACAUUUGACAUUCUCUCAGCAAAAAAAAAGCUUUUGUGGUCGAGGUCCUCAGAAACCUCACGGGUUUCCUGGCUUUCUCCACAGCUGUGAGGAGUUGUCGCCUCUUUAGUGUCGAUUAUGCUGGACCCGUCCUCCAGCGAGGAAUCUGAGGGGGAACUGCCACCUGAGGACGACCCACCCGUUAAAACUGGGAAACCUGUAAAAAAAAGUCCCAAACCUGAAAAGACUUCGGAUGCCUCGCGAACCCAAACCAAGGAAUCAGUUCCUUCUCCUGCUGAGGCGGACAAAACCGAGCAGGAGAGACUUAAAACGGAGGAAGCGGAGAGGAAAAUUAAACUACAGAUUUAUGUGUUUGUGCUGAGAUGUAUCGCGUAUCCGUUUAACGCUAAACAGCCCACAGAUAUGGCUCGACGUCAACAGAAGCUGAACAAGCAACAGCUGCAGGUGGUGAAGGAGCGCUUCCAGGCCUUCCUGAAAGGAGAGACUCAGAUUGUCGCUGAUGAGGCUUUCUGCAACGCUGUGCGCAGUUACUAUGAGGGCUUUCUGAAGAGUGAGCGAGUUGCCCGCAUGGUACUGAGCGGAGGUUGUUCUGCCAGUGACUUCCGUGAGGUCUUCAAAAAGAACAUUGAGCGCCGCGUGCGCAGCCUGCCUGAGAUUGACGGCUUGAGCAAAGAGACUGUCUUGAGCUCCUGGAUCACCAAGUACGAUGCCAUCUACAAAGGAGAGGAGGACCAGCGGCGGGCGCAGGGAAGAAUGCCGUUCAGCGCUGUCUCAGAGCUCAUACUUAGCAAGGAGCAGCUUUAUGAGAUGUUCCAGCACAUCCUGGGAAUCAAAAAGUUUGAGCAUCAGCUACUCUACAAUGCCCUUCAGCUGGACAAUGUGGACGAGCAGGCAGCGCAAAUCCGCAGAGAGCUGGACGGGCGACUGCAGCUGGCUGAGAAAAUAGCCAGAGAGAGGAAGUUUCCAAAGUUUAUUUCCAAAGACAUGGAGAUGAUGUAUGUGGAGGAGCUCAGGUCAUCCGUUAACCUGCUAAUGGCUAAUCUGGAGAGCCAGCCUGUGGCCAAAGACUUCAAGCCCAAAGUCAAGCCCAAACUCACACCCAUGAACAGCUUCCUGGACAUCGGUGAUGAGAACGACUUGCCCCUCUCCAAGUCUGACGUAGUGCUGUCGUUUUCCUUAGAGAUUGUGAUCAUAGAGGUUCAGGGGCUGAAAUCCGUUGCUCCUAACCGAAUUGUGUACUGCACCAUGGAGGUGGAGGGAGGUGAAAAGCUCCAGACGGAUCAAGCCGAAGCCUCCAGGCCACAGUGGGGCACACAAGGAGAUUUCACCAGCACACACCCCCUGCCAGCGGUCAAAGUCAAACUAUUCACCGAAAGCACCGGAGUCUUGGCACUGGAGGACAAAGAGCUGGGCAGGGUGGUUCUUCACCCCACAACAAAUGGGCCCAAAACGGCAGAGUUGCACAAAAUGGUGGUGCCCAAGAACAGCCAAGACGUGGAUCUUAAAAUCAAACUGGCGGUCCGCAUGGACAAGCCCCCCAACAUGAAGCAUAGCGGGUAUGUCUUUUACACAUGUUUGUUUUUGCAGGGUUGGUUCAGCCCAGGCCAGGUGUUUGUUUUGGAUGAGUACUGUGCUAGAUAUGGAGUGCGGGGCUGCCAUCGUCACCUCUGCUACCUGAAAGACCUGAUGGAUUUCUCGGAUAACAACGCCCUGGUGGAUCCCACACUCCUACAUUAUAGUUACGCCUUCUGUGCCUCACACGUCCACGGAAACAGACCUGACGGCAUGGGCACAGUUACAGAACGAGAGAAGGAGGAGUUUGAGGAGAUCAGGAGCAGAUUGUUGACUUUACUGGAGAAGCAGAUCACACAUUUCAGGUACUGUUUCCCCUUUGGCCGACCGGAGGGGGCUCUUAAAGCCACGCUCUCUCUUCUUGAAAGGGUUCUGAUGAAAGACAUCACCACAGCGGUCCCACCUGAAGAGAUGCGUAAGAUUGUGCAGAAGUGCCUGGAACAAGCUGCGCUCAUCAAUUACUCCCAGCUCACCGAAUACGCCCAGAUUGAAGAUAACAGCCAAGCAUCUCCAGAGAAAAAACUGGAGGACAUGAUCCGCCUGGGAGAACUGUGUAUGGAAGUGUUACAGCAGAAUGAUGAGCAUCACUCUGAGGGAAGAGAGGCCUUCUCCUGGUGGCCAGAGGCGAUGGCUGAGCAUGCAGAAAUCUUUCUCUCACUCUACACAGUGGACAUGGAUGCAGCAUUGGCUGUACAACAGCAAGACUCCUGGGACAGUUUUCCCCUAUUUCAGCUGCUCAAUAACUUCCUCCGGACUGACCCUCACCUGUGCAAUGGGACAUUCCAUAAGCACCUGCAGGACCUUUACAGCCCUCUGGUGGUGCGUUACAUUGACCUGAUGGAGUCGUCCAUCGCUCAGUCCAUUCAUCGUGGUUUUGAACAGGAGACAUGGCAGUCUGUGAAGACCAUCACCAACAAUCUGCCAAGCGUUCCUCUGCCCAGGGUUCCCAACCUGCCUCUUAACCUCCCUCAGAUGCCCAGCUUCUCAGCCCCGUCCUGGAUGGGGCCGCUGUGUGACAGCACCGGACAAGGAAUUAAUUUGCCAGAUAUUUUUAAUGGUUCGGCCACAUCAGAAGAUCUGUUUUGGAAGCUGGAUGCUCUUCAGAUGUUCGUCAUGGACCUGCAUUGGCCAGAGCCAGAGUUUGCCAAACAUCUGGAGCAGAGGCUUAAACUGAUGGCUAGCGACAUGAUGGAGGCCUGUGUCAAAAGGACCAAAGCUGCUUUUGACUCAAAAAUGCAGAAGUCUUGCAAGUCCACAGAUUUCCGCGUCGCCUUGUCUGUGUGCACAAUGUUCAAUGUUCUCAUGGAUGCCAAGAAGCAGUGCUCCAAGCUUUGUGUUCUUGACCAAGGUCAGGAGCAGCAGUACCACUCCAAAAUCGAUGUCCUGAUCGAUGAGGCCUUUAAGGAAAUGAUCUCCUCCUUGGUCUCGAAGUUUGCAGCUGUUUUAGAUGGGGUGUUGUCGAAACUGUCACGAUACGACGAGGGAACAUUCUUCUCCUCCAUCCUGUCUUUCACGGUAAAAGCAGCAGCCAAAUAUGUGGACGUCCCAAAACCUGGUAUGGAUCUAGCAGAUACCUACAUCACUUUUGUAAGGCAGAACCAGGACAUUCUGCGAGACCGUGUGAAUGACGAGAUGUACACUGAGAAAAUCUUUGACCAAUGGUACACCUCUUUCAUGAAGGCGGUGUGCGUCUGGCUGACGGACAGACUCGACCAGCAGCUGCAUGUUUACCAACUCAAGACUCUCAUCAAGAUUGUCAAGAAGUCGUACCGUGACUUCAGGCUGCAGGGUGUACUAGAUGGCACAUUGAACAACAAGAGCUAUGAAACCGUUUACAGCCGGCUCACUAUCGAGGAAGCCACGGCAGCCGUAUCGGCCACUGAUGGUCUGCAGGGCAUCACCAUGAGGGACAGCGAUGAAGAGGAGGGUUAAUGUCCCACCUACAUGGACGGUCAUAAACUCGAUACAAAGAGGUCGGAUUCCAGCUCUCCUGAUUGGAGCUCACACUUCAUGCUCCCCAGCCAGUGCCACACUGCCCACUUGUCUAAGCCGGUGUCACCAUGCUUGUAUAAAACUCUCAUUGGCCACUUCCAGACAGCUAAAGUAUCUCUGUCGUUGUGUAUUUGAUGUGCAGUGGCUCAUCGCAAGGCAAGUUCCAAUAGUGGGAAGCACUCGCAGGCACAAAUUCACACACAAAGGAGCAGCUGAUGAUUUGUAAGUGUAUCAUAGACAUGGUGUACCUGAGUGAACGCUAGAAAUGCAGAGCUGGAGAAAAAGUAGCAUCCGCUUAUGUGCUGUUUUUGUUUUUUUUGUUUUGUAUUAGCUUGGGAUCCUCAGGUCAAAGCUUCAGAUAUGGUGGAUGAAAUGCUAGCUGUUCACUGUUAUUUGAUGAAGUUGUGACACUGUUCCACUCAAUAGCUAUGAAUUCACAUUCAGAUUCUUCUGUAGAAGUAACCGUUGAGUGUGUUAUGUAUAGUAUGCUGUCAAUGUCCAAAUAUGUUUCAGAUGAAAGAUGUCAUUGGAUUUUAAUAAGAGCUGUAUAUUUCUAUUGUCUUUGUGCACCUGAGGUUGCCCAGGUGUGUUGAGUGUUACAAUUAAAGUGUUUUUAAUGUCA